GCCGCAGUGUUCGUGGGAUGGGGCAGCGGGCUGCCACUGGAGGCCGGAAUCCGCACGCAGCCCGGGUGCGAGUUCCCUCCUGUCAUCGUCUCCAGCCCUCGCUCCCGGGCGCCCUGCAUGAGUGACGCCUCAGUCUGCCAUGGACCCUGGCCCUGCCCUGGCCUGGCUCCUGCUCCUGAGCCUGCUGGCUGACUGUCUGAAAGCUGCACAGUCCCGAGACUUCACAGUGAAAGACAUUAUCUACCUCCACCCCUCAACCACACCAUAUCCUGGUGGAUUUAAGUGUUUCACCUGUGAAAAGGCGGCAGACAAUUACGAGUGCAACCGAUGGGCUCCAGACAUCUACUGUCCUCGAGAGACCAGAUACUGCUACACUCAGCACACGAUGGAAGUCACAGGAAAUAGCAUCUCUGUCACCAAACGCUGCGUGCCACUGGAAGAGUGCUUGUCCACAGGCUGCAGGGACUCCGAGCAUGAAGGCCACAAGGUCUGCACUUCCUGUUGUGAAGGAAACAUCUGUAACUUGCCACUCCCCCGAAAUGAAACUGAUGCGACAUUUGCCACAACGUCACCCAUAAAUCAGACAAAUGGGCAUCCACACUGCAUGUCAGUGAUAGUGUCCUGCUUGUGGGUGUGGUUGGGACUCACAUUAUAGCAGCUCAAAGGCACGAUGUGUAAUAGCAAUUUAUGGGGAUUUUGAUGGUCCACAGUCAUGCAUGAGUCAUUGGCCUGACAGCAGUUUCUGCAAUACUUAAGGAUGUCUUCCUGGCUAAGCAUUUCCACUUCCCAUGGGGAACAAGCAUUGCUUCAGUAUAGUCAUUUCUCCGAGGCCUCAUCGAAGCCAGCCUGCCCCCCAAAUAGACCACGUUGUAUACCAUAAACCUUUGUUUUGACUCCGACAACUAUUCCUGCAUUUACUGAGAUCUGGGCUCUUCAUUUGGAAUGCAUGCAUGAGCCAGAGAAGGUCCUGGGACCCUCUGAGGAGUUAGGCAAUGUGAAUAGUUGUAUGUUUUUCAGGAAGAAGUUAAAGGACCACUGGUUUAAAUAUAGCCAUGAAU